CCGAGCUGUGCCCUGGAAGCGGAACCGCGGCUGCGGUGACUUCCUGCCUCGGGAGGAAGGAGCGGUGGUUGAAGUUGCGCGUCGGGGUCUGCGCUGGCCCGAGGCACCGGCGGCGGCCGCCCGGGAGGAUGCGGCGGGCAGAGAUGAAGCCUGGGAAAUCAUCACAUCUAAAGGAUUUACUUGGAGUAAAAGAUCACUGACUUCUACAAUGGAAAAAUCAUGGAUGCUUUGGACCUUUGUCAAAAGAUGGCUACUAGCUUUGGCUUCCUGGUCUUGGAGUCUCUGCCGUAUUUGUCUUUUGCCCUUGAUAGUGACUUUUCACUUGUACGGAGGCAUUAUACUCCUUAUAUUAAUAUUUGUAUCAAUAGCAGGUAUAUUAUAUAAAUUCCAGGAUGUCCUGCUUUACUUUCCUGAACAGCCCUCUUCAUCUCGCCUUUAUGUUCCUAUGCCUACUGGUAUACCACACGAAAACAUCUUCAUCAAGACCAAAGAUGGAGUUCUUCUCAAUCUUAUUCUGCUGAGAUACACAGGGGACAAUGCAGCGUAUUCUCCAACCAUCAUUUACUUUCACGGGAAUGCAGGCAACAUUGGCCACAGGUUGCCAAAUGCUCUGUUGAUGCUGGUAAACCUGAAAGUAAACUUAAUUCUGGUUGAUUAUAGAGGGUAUGGCAAAAGCGAAGGAGAAGCAAGCGAAGAAGGCUUGUACUUAGAUUCUGAGGCUGUCUUAGACUAUGUGAUGACUCGGUCUGAUCUUGAUAAAACAAAAAUUUUUCUUUUUGGCCGUUCCUUGGGGGGAGCAGUAGCUAUUCACUUAGCUUCUGAAAAUGCCCAUAGGAUUUCUGCCAUCGUGGUGGAGAACACCUUUCUUAGCAUCCCAUACAUGGCCAGCACUUUGUUCUCUUUCUUUCCGAUGAGGUAUCUUCCGCUGUGGUGCUACAAAAAUAAAUUUCUGUCCUACAGAAAAAUCUCUCAGUGCAGAAUGCCUUCACUCUUCAUCUCUGGGUUGUCUGACCAGUUAAUUCCACCAGUUAUGAUGAAACAACUUUAUGAAUUAUCCCCAGCUCGGACUAAGAGAUUGGCGAUAUUUCCUGAUGGAACUCACAAUGACACUUGGCAGUGCCAGGGUUAUUUCACUGCACUUGAACAGUUCAUCAAAGAAGUAAUAAAGAGUCACUCCCCUGAAGAAAUGGCGAAAACGUCAUCUAAUGUAACAAUAAUAUAAUUGAUAUUCUUCUUUGGGGUGGAGUGGGGCAAGUACCUGCACUGUACCUUGAUUUGUGAUAAGUGGUAAAAGAAUGUUUGUUUUUAAAUGUAUGUCAUGUCUGUACUUGCCUAAAGAGUGAAAUUAAACUUGGAAAGGUCUGAUAUUUUAUUAAGGUGUUCCAGAUAACUUUUACAUUUGCAGCAUUGUAAAUGAACCAUUUUAUGUCUUUCUCAUACUUUUUUGGUAUCUCUGUCCAUAUAUACCACUUGUUUGAUAUGUACAACAGAUGCUAUUAAAGAAAAUUGCUACAAAAGUA